UCUGAUAGUGAAGAUAAUGUGCAAGUACAAAUCCGUGAAAGAGACAAAGAUCAAGAAGAUUAUAUCAAACCUGCUCUUCUUGUAGAAUAUGAAAAAGAGGUGGAAGAAGAAAAUAGACGACUUGCUGAAGAAGAAGGUGACGAUGAAACUGAAGAAUCUGAUGAAGAAUCAGUAGAUGAAUCAGAUGAAGAAGAAGACGAAGAUGCAGCUCUCUUGACACCUGCCAUUGACACUCAGAUCUUACGCACCAUUGCCGCCAUUCAAACAAAAGAUCCUUCUGUUUACGAUACCAACAAAAAAUUCUUCACUUCUGAACAAUUCGAUGCAUCCAAAAAGCAAUGGCAACAAAAAUCUAAAACCAAAGAUAAGAAGGUCACUUUAAAGGAUUAUGAACGAGAACUAUUAUUGGAACAUGGUGGUUAUGUGGAUGAAGAACAAGAAAACAACAAGGAUCGAUCUAAUGAUUUGACUCAUGUGGAAGAACAGGCUCAAUUGAAAAAGGCUUUCCAGUUGGCUGCUCAACAAAAUGAUUCUGACAACGAUAAUGAUCAACGUCAAGAUGAUAAGGAAGAUUCGGACGAUGACGAUGGAUUCUUGGUCAAGAGAGAAAAAUCCAAAUCUGAAAAAGAAGCCGAAGAAGAUGAUUAUCGUCAAUUCUUAUUAAAUAAUUUAAAGGAAGAUGAAGCUUCAUCCAAAGCUUUUGCGGAUUGGGAAAAUUUCAAGGAAAAUCCAAAUGUGAAUGCAGAUGAUGCUUUCUUGAUUGAUUAUGUCUUGAAUCGUGGCUGGGUGGACAAGAAAGGCAAACAAAAUCCAACUUAUAAUGAAAUAGUGGACGUGGACAAGGAUGUGGAUGAACAAUAUUUGGAUGAUGUUGAUCGAUUUGAAAGCAAAUAUAAUUUCCGUUAUGAAGAAGCUGAAGGAUCUCGUAUCGUAACUCAUGCCCGUGAUAUUGGUGAUUCUGUACGACGAAAAACCAACAAACGCAAGGAACGACGUGAAAGACUUAAAGCCGCCAAACAACUUUUGAAGGAACAAAAAACGGAAGAACUCAAACGAUUAAAGAAUGAAAAACGAAAAGAAAUCCAUAACCGUUUGGCUGAAAUUCAAAAGAUCACUGGGACUGGUAUCUCUGGUUUGGAACAUAUCAACUUCGAAGAAGAUUUUGAUCCUGAAAAAUACGAUGAACAAAUGGCCAAGAUAUUUGAUGAUGGUUACUAUGAUGCCAAUGAUACUGAAAAGCCUGUGUUUGAGGAUGAUGAUGAUGAUGAUUUCAACUACGAUGAUGAUGAACAAUAUGGUGAGGAUGAUUUGAUGAUGGAUGCUGAUUAUCUCCCUGGUGGUGAAAAGUAUGAAGAAACAAAGAAGAACAAGAAGGGCAAAAAGCGAGCACUUGAAAAUGACCAACAAGAGAAACCCAAACCAAAGGAUGCAGAAUAUAAUAAACUUGUGGAUGAUUACUACGCAUUAGACUUUGAAGAUGUUAUUGGUGGUGAUCUUCCUACUCGAUUCAAGUAUACAAAGACUGAACCUGAAGAUUUUGGCCUGACUCCUGUUGAAAUCCUAUUGGCUGAUGAUAAGGAACUGAACAAGUAUCUUAGUAUUAGAACAAUUGCACCGUAAGUAAA